AACGUGUGCUCGACAGUCCCUCCACACUCGCGUAGCGCCUUUCGUCAGACGAACAAGUGUGUCCACGAUUCGUAAACGCUUUACUUACACAGUUUUCAUAGCCUCCUAAAGCUAGUACACUUUUAAAAUCUCUUGUAUUUCAUCAGCAAGCAGUGCAUCUCAAAUCUACAAUGGCAGACACACACGUUGAAACCAGCAGCGACUUGAACCAGGAUUCUUUGGAUGGUGCCCAGGCUUCCGUCAGCGAAGUUGGAUCAGCCGAAGAGUUUGAGAAGGAGAACACUGAAGAUACGCCUUCUGGAUCUCACGGAGAAGCCGAUGGUGAUGCAGUUGAUGGAACCAAUGGCGAAGAGAGCCGCGAGGCCGAAGAUGCUGCUGUUCCCGCAGACGCGACCGCCACUGCUGCCGUGACCGAAAAUGGUGCUGCCGACGCCACCGCUGCCGCCACCACCGCUGAACCCCACGUCAAUGGCAACGGCAAGUGCGACGAGAACGCUGAAGCAGAUUCAACGGAAGUUGACGGAUCUGCCGCCGAGAAGAGGAAAUCGAUUGUCGAGACCGAGGCUUUGAGCAUUUCGCCCAAGAAAGCUCGUGUUGAAGGAACUGAUGAAGAUGUCAUUGGAGCUGAUGAAGCAGCUCUUCCUACCAACGGAAACCACGAGACAGUCGCGUAAAUGGAACAUAAACAUCCGGCCCCCAUUUUUCUCUCUAUCUAAGUAACCCCCCCAACCCACUUCCCCGUUUUACCUUAUUUUUAUUUUGGUAAGCAGUUACUCUUGCACACUGUCUGUCUAUGAAUAAGGAUCAACGGCCAUCACUUGUUGAUUCAAAUAUGUAUCUCAUCAUCUUCAUUUGACGUGGAUUUUUUUUUUCAACAACUAAAAGCGCGCGCGUUCACUCAUGUUGACUUAAACUGGAAGGGCAAAUAAAGAAUCAACUUAAAAAAAAACAACUUGUUUCGUAAUGUACUUUUGAAUCAACUUUUGAUGGUCUCCGUUUACUUUUUCAUGUGAACGUAGAAAUGAUGGUUGUCGGUCUAGGAUAGUUAUUGGUGUUGUCGAUUGAUGCGAGCGUCAUGUUGAAGAAUUGGUUGAAAAAUGUUUUUCACACCUUAUAAAGCGCAAGUUUCUCACAUCGACAUAUCCAUCUUACGUUUUGUAUUCAGUUCACAUCCAAAUCAAUCCUUUUAACACGGACAUUAGGCGUUUGCAUUGCGCAAUUUCGUACAUUAACAUGGUGUCGCCCCCCAACGUUUUGAAAGCAAAAUCAUGUAUUAAAUAAUUGAUCGUCAACGUAAGACUUACCUAAAACCUACCGAUUGGUUCCUUAUGUUUUGAUUCCAGCAGCUUUGUCGAUGGCAAUUCCAUCUUUAAUUCUCAUUUAAUAAUCUGGGUGUUGUGAUUUCUUCCCUAGCUCCUUCCGGCAAAAAGUUGCAUCCGUUCAAAAGUUCAAAAAUUCGCGCGUGCUUUUAUCCCAAAAAAGCGGCCGUCACCUUUCUAUGUGUCCCUUGAGCACUUACUGUCGUGUCCAUUUCCUAAACUAUAGUUCAUUUUUCUGGAAGUCUGUCGUAUCAUCGUUUGCGUUUAACUUUUUCGUCGACACCGACACCAUAGAAAAAGCUCGGUCGAGAAGUUUAUCCUUUUCCUGCCAAUACAUUUUUCUCUUCUUUCCA